GCAUCGAUCUUCAAUUGAAGGUGGACUUUGAAGAACAGGUCCUCCAGGGCGAAUGCAAGCUCACAGUGCGAUCCAUCAAACCGGUGCAUUGGGAGGUCGAGGAGUCACCACCACCCAAGUCGAACUUUGGUCAGUCCUUGGUGAUUGCUUUGCCUGCCUCGAAGACUACAACGCUUUCGAUUAAGUACAAGACAACGGAGAAGAGUACUGCACUACAGUGGCUGACAAAAGAGCAGACGCAGGGCAAGCAAUAUCCUCUUUGCUUUACACAAAGCCAAGCUAUUUGUGGCAGAUCCUUGCUGCCAUGUCAGGACACCCCAUCGGUGAAAGCACCCUUUACAAUCUCUGUGACAGUCCCAGAGCCACUCACAGCCGUUGCAUCUGGUGAACCAUCUGGCGAUCCUGAGUCAAGCGGAAACUUUCGCACUUUCCGAUACGAGCAGAAAGUGCCCGUGAUGUCUUAUUUGAUCGCAAUUGUGGUUGCUCAUUUGGAAUCCUGCCAGAUUGGACCAAGAAGCAAAUGCUAUGCGGAGCCUGGCGUAAUCCAUGCGGCACAAAAAGAAUUUCAAGAUAUUGUUGAAGACUUCAUUUUGAAAGCUCAGGAAGUCGUCGGAGGUGCAAAGUACGAAUGGGGCAGCUACAAUGUUGCAGUCAUGCCGUCAUCAUUUGCAUACGGGGGGAAUGGAGAAUCCAAAUUGCACAUUUAUGAGCGCGUCAUUGAUACCUGGAGACC